AUGGACGAGCCAGAUCCAUCCCUCGCCGCCGGGCCGUCGCGCAUCCCCGCCUCGACCGCCGGCAAAAUCAAGUGCGUGCCGGUCGACUCGACGCGCGACGCGUGCCAGUCGUGCCACGGCGCGCAUAUCGCGUGCACGUUCGACCUCCCGCUCACAGCGUCCCGGACCAAGCGGGUGCGCCGCGGGCUGGGGCUCGAGGCUGCGCCGGGGUCGCAGAGUCACUAUGAGCGUGAAGACGACGACGGAGGGCGAGAGGAGACGCCAGAUGGGCCAAAGGUGCCGUUCGGGCUGUCGCCCGCCGACCUCUUCCAGUCCAUGUCGCCUGGCGUGUCGCGCGGCGGCGGCAGUGGUGGUGCUGGCAACAAGCCGCACGUGCAUAGGGAAGGCCAAACGUCCAUCUCGUACAUCCUCCACUCGAUGCCGACGGUGCCGCUGCGCGCGCUCGACGAGUUUGACCGGUCAGGCGGGCUGGCUAUGAGAGCGUUCCCCGAGGGCUCGGGCGACGGCUGGAUCGACGUGUCGACGAGCACGUUGGUCGACACGCCGCCGGCAGUGCACGAGGCGCUGCGGUCCGAGUCGUGGGGCGAGGUCGCGUCGCGGCUGGUCGAGAAGUUCCUCGCGCAUGUCUCGCCGCUUAUACCGAUCGUGACCCGCAUCGAGGUGUCGUCGGCCGGUGACCCUCUCUUACACGCCAUGGCGGCAGUGGUGGCGGCCCGGAGUAGUGUCCCGCCAGUCGUGUUUGACGCACUGCGGCACCUGGUCAAGUGCGAGAUCGAGGACAAUGACGUCUUGAGUAUCCCGACACGAGAGAAUGUCCAGGUGCUCCUCUCACUCGCGCUGGUCGACGAGCUUGCCGUUAAGCCAGGAAUCGCCUCCGCAAGCCAGGUUGCACGGUCGCGGUUGACUGCCGCCAUUCGGCACGCGCGGGACCUGGGCAUCGACCGUGCCACGAGCGGCACAGACGCGAGGAUAUGGCGGUGUGCGCGGGUCAUUGACAUCUGGCACGCUGCGCGGUCAGGCAUGACACUGCUCAUCCCUGUCGACGCCAUCCCGUCGUCUACCCCCGGCGACGACUUCUUCGCGCACCUCUACGUCCUGACUCUCAUCCUCGGCCGCCUGAUUGUGGUCAUGUACGGCCCGAUGGGCGCGAAGAACGCCACGAGCGAGCAGCUCUCUGGCGUCCGCGACGCGCUCGACCAGUGGAGGGACGGCCUGCCGCAGAACCUCAAGGCCACGGGGCUUUGGCCGGGCCAGGAAGCCGGUCUGCUGCACCUGCUGUACACGGGCAUCCGGUGGCUCCUCUACCGGCCCGUCAUGCGCUGGUCGUUUAUCGUGCCGCAGCGGUUCGAACUCAACUGCGACGUUCCGGCGUGGCUCGACCUGCUUGCCAUCUCGCGCACGGCCAUCGACUGGGCCACGACACAGGAGGAGGUGGGCGACAUUCUCUUCUUCGGCCCGUACGCGCUCUCGCUCGCCUGCAUGAUCCAGUAUCACACCUGGGCGCGGAGGGGCGAGUGGGACGGCGCCGUACUGCUGGACAAGGCGCGGCGCGAGGCCGUCAACCGGUGGCUCGCGCGUAUCCCCGAGGGUCACCUGCCGCUGCUGCGCCGCUCGCUCGCCCCCAUCGAGCUGUUGUACAACAUCACACAGACGCACCGCGAACAGACGGCCUUCGACGGCCCGCGCGGGCUGAACCCAACACCAGGGAUCCUCAACCGGCUGCCCGAGGCGUCGAUCACCGGCGUCACCUGGCUACGAGAUGACAGUUUACCACAAGGCGGUGUGCUUGUCGCCUCUCAGAAGGCCGCGCGCGAGAUCCGCGACCUGCCGCCGGGGACGAUCGUCAUUGGCGGUCCGCCGCCACCAGGCCCGCCCCCAGGCGCCGAGGACAGCAACCGCAUGAUCACGGCCGCGAGCAGCGCGCCAGGCGUGACCCCCAACGGGGCGUUCACGCCGUCUGACGGCUACUUUACCGGCCUGCUGGGCGACCCGUCAGUCGUGCCGGCCGUCGAGCGCCCGCCGCCGGGGUGGGACAUGAGCCAGGCGGCGAUGGCGAGUUUCAUGUUCCCGACGCUGGGUGCGCCGGGUGCGGGGGCGCCAGAGGGGCAGAGUUGAGUUGGGCUGGGAGGCAGGCAGCAGGUUGUACCUUGUAUUGUAG